AAAUCUCUGUCCAAUGUUUGCGAGAGAAUGGCUGCUCAGGACAGGAUAUAAGUUCUCGUGAUGAUUGCUACUAAGUUUUCUUCUUCCUCAAACCGUUUCUUCUUUAUAUACAUGUCUCGGACAACUUGAUAACGAGCAACCACAAGUUGAUUUUCCGACAUGCCGGAGAUGGAUACACGCCGGUGGAAUCAGAGAAAAACAACCUAUGCGUCUUGUUCACAAGAGGUGACUAGUAUUGAGUGGAAAGUUGUGACUAUGUCAGAAGAAGAAGAAGAUCUCAUUUUUCGGAUGUACAAACUUGUCGGUGAUAGGUGGCCAUUGAUUGCCGGCAGGAUCCCGGGGCGUACGCCGGAGGUGAUUGAGAGGUACUGGCUUAUGAAACACGGCUUCUUCUUCGCAAACUGACGAAGAUAGCUUGUUGUUUAGUUAAUAAAACUGAAGUUUGUAUUUCUAUAUCUCCCUCGUCCUUAAUUAUAUGGAGGAAGAAAAAUAAAAAACAUUAUAGUUUAAUCACCAUUUCGAAGAAGUAUAAAAUUAGUAGAAGGUUGGUUAUUAUGACACAUAAUGUUACGAGACGUACGUGUUAGAUCUGA